AUGGCCAACUCAGACCGCAACAACAACAAAACAGCCAUCAUCAGUGGCGGCGCACGAGGCAUUGGGCGAUGUCUAGUACGCCGUUUCCUCGAGAAAGGCUACCGCGUCUUCGUCUUCGACAUUGACGAGGAAGAGCUCAAGCACACAACCCAUGUUCACCUGAAGAAGUACACCGACUCGAAAGCUCUGGGCUCUGCGAUUUGCAAUCUGCGAGAUGUUGAGGACAUUCGUAAGCAAGUGAAGCAGGCGGCUGAGUUUUUGGAUGGCGAGAUUCAUGUGUUGAUCAAUAAUGGGGGUAUUGCGGCGCCGAAGUGGAAGGAUGAGAAGACGAUGUUUGAUAUGGAUACGAUUGGGGAGUGGCAGGCAUAUGUCGAAACCAACCUCACGGCCCCCUUUGCCGUCAGCCAGGCUUGUCUGCCUUACAUGAAGAACGCCGGCGCGAACGCACCUAUCAACAAUCACGACGACGCCGACAGCGAUGCAGGUCCUUGCAUCAUCCAUAUCGGCUCAUUCAGAGCGUACCAAUCGGACCCGAACCAAGAAGGCUACGCCUCCACCAAAGCAGGUCAGCUCGGUCUGAUGCACAGUAUGUGCAUAUCACUUCAGCCACACGGUAUCCGCGUCAACCUGAUCGCACCGGGACGAAUCAAGGUAGCACAUGAAAGUAAGGAUGGCGAUGAGAAGGGGUUGGAGUGGGCGCAGUUGAAUGAAGACAAGGAUGUGGAUGAUCAUCCCGCCAACCGUGCCGGACGGCCGAAGGAUAUUGCUGAUGCGGCGGUGUAUCUUGUGAACGCGGGCUUCGUUACGGGUCAGGACAUCGUUGUGGACGGAGGAGCUACCAAGUUGAAGUGA